UUGUUGUUAUAAUUGACAGUCACAUGACUUUGAUAAGGUCUGCUAUUGAAAUAAGAUGGAUCCUGUCUCUCUAGAAAGAAGGAGGUUGUUACCCUCUUCUUCACUUGUUAACAAUGCAAGUAAAAGGAAGUACAAACCUUUCAACUGCUUCAGUAACUACUGUAAGGAAUUAAAGUCUCGUUCAUUGAGUUUACCAUCAAUCCUACUAUUGAUUUAUACUCUGCCAAUUGAAACUUGUAUUUUAAUCACUAACUUGUCUAGUAACCAGUUUAACCAGUGUGGCUUAUUUCACUCUAAAAGUGAUAUAAUUUUAAAUAAUUUAGGGCUCAUAGUAAAUGUUCUCCUACUUUUUGCCCCUUUCUGUGGUUGGUUAUCGGAUACUAAGAUUGGUAGAGGUAAUGCUAUUUAUCUUGGUCUAUGGCUUGGUUGGAUAGGUACUCUAAUACAAGCCAUAGGAUGCUGUUGGCAGUAUCAUUCCUUUCAUUGUGGCACUGUUUCUUUUAUAGGGAGAUUUCUAAUUCCUUUUGUUUUUAUGUUUAUAUCAGUGUUGCUCUUGCUCCCUAAUAUAUUACCAUAUGGUAUAGAUCAGUUGAUGAAUGAAUCUACUGUCAAGAUAAGAGCAUUCAUUCACUGGUUCUGGCUGUGUCUUUAUAGUGGAUAUGUGUUGCCUAUUAUUAUUGCCAAUGAACUCACCAUUUCAGUUGUAGCCUUUGUUCUCUUUUCUUUUUCUCUUUGUCUUCAUUUUUUCUUUAAGCAACGUUUUGAGCACAUACCUAUUCCUAAUCCUUAUAAAAUUGUAUUUAAAGUAUUGAAGUUUUUUCUCAAAACUAGUCGCACUAGAAGACAACAUCGUAGUGCAUUCACAUACUGGGGAGAGGAGCCCAGUAGAAUGGAUCUUGCUAAGGAGAGGUAUGGUGGUUAUUUCUCUCAUGAAGAAGUGGAAAAUGUAAAGACUUUUCUACGUAUUGCUGCUGUUUUAGCUACUGCUUCCUCCUUAUUUGUUUCUGCUUUUCCAUUUAUAUUCCAUUUAUCUGAUUUUACUGCACAAUUUAAACAUGGUUCUAAAGAAAAUGCUAGAGAUGCUAUUUGGAUUUUUGGCAAUGUUGUCCCUUUGUUUGUUCUAGUCCCUUUGUUUGAACUGGUUAUUCUACCUCUUUUCCCUAAAUUAGAAUAUUUCCUAAUCAAUCCAUUGAAAGGACUUGGCUUGGCUUAUGUUCUCAUCAUAUUAUCAAUUGUUAGUGUUUUUCUUAUUGACUUGAUCGGAAGGAUUGUUGCUGAUAGUGACUCCAAUAUGCCUUGCUUUUUUAUAUGGGAACCAGUCCAUCAAACAAUUGAUAUUUCCUAUUGGAUACUACUCAUACCAUCAGUAUUAGCUGGUGCAUCAUAUUUUUUCACAUGGAUAUCUUUAUUUGAGUUCCUGUGUAGUCAGUCUCCUUUUGGUAUGCAAGGAAUGAUUUUUGGGCUGUUCUUGUUUUUCAAUGGUCUAUCUACUGAAUUUUUUAUAGGGUCAGGGAUAUUGAUCUUUGUCUACGUGCAGCUGUAGAGGAACAUUGGGAGAAUAGACUGAUGGCAGGAAGUACCAUAAAUGACAAUGAUACCGAAGAUCUUGUUAUUAAUAGUUAUAGAUGAUUUUGUUAAAUUUUUGUUCCCUAUUUACUUCAAUUUUGUGAUUUUACAGUGGUGUAAUCAUGUUAUGAAGUUUUUUGUCAGUGAAAGUAUCA